ACACCAAAAGCAACACCAACAACACCAACAACAACACCAACAACACCAAAAGCAACACCAACAACAACACCAACAACACCAACAACAACACCAACAACACCAAAAGCAACACCAACAACAACACCAACAACACAAAUAAUAAGAACACCACCAACAACAACAACAACAACAACACCAACAACAACAACACCAACAACACCAACAACAACAACAACACCAACAACACAAAUAAUAAGAACACCAACAACAACAACAACAACAACAACAACACCAACAACAACAACACCAACACCAACACCAACAACACAAAUAAUAAGAACACCAACAACAACAACAACAACAACAACACCAACAACAACAACACCAACAACACCAACACCAACAACAACACCAACAACACAAAUAAUAAGAACACCAACAACAACAACAACAACAACAACACCAACAACAACAACACCAACAACAACAACAACACCAACAACACAAAUAAUAAGAACACCAACAACACCAACACCAACAACACCAACAACACCAACAACACAAACAACACCAACAACACCAACAACACAAAUAAUAAGAACACCAACAACACCAACAACACAAAUAAUAAGAACACCAACAACAACACCAACACCAACAACACAAAUAAUAAGAACACCAACAACACCAACAACACCAACAACACAAACAACACCAACACCAACAACACAAACAACACCAACACCAACA